GUCUGUCGGACUCCAACAGCAGCACACAUCUGUCCCGACUCGUCCUUGUCGAGGAUAAAUGAGGCUUUAACGUGAUUUUUAUCUGCCGUCUUUGCUGCUCUCUAGAACUAUAAGUUCCCUUGCUUCCACCCCUGCGCAGAAGGACGGGAAGAGGAGUGGAACUUUUAGCGGACCUUUUUUUUUUUUUUUUUUUUUGGGACCCAUUACAGGAAUCCCAGUUUGAUACCGUGUUCAGUGGCAGUGGAUGUUUGCGGUGCAACUUUGCAAGCCCGGCAGCCCGUGAGGAGGGGAUGCGGAUAGCGGAGUGGCUAUGAGGACUGAAGUCAGCUUGCAGGGCUAAACAGAACCGGACCACACCGCACCAACAGAAUGCGAGAGCGGGGCCCUUGUUUGUGCGGAGUCGGUGUGUGGAGUCUACUGCUGUCUCUUUGUCUGGCCUCCCUCACUCAUGCACACAGGAGCCACACAGUGCACGUCAAGGCGGGCACGUGCGAGGUGAUCGCUGCCCAUCGCUGCUGUAACAAGAACAAGAUCGAGGAGAGAUCUCAGACUGUCAAAUGUUCCUGCUUCCCUGGACAGGUUGCUGGCACCACUCGGGUCAUGCCCUCCUGUGUUGAUGCCUCUAUUGUCGCCCAGAAGUGGUGGUGUCAGAUGCAGCCCUGUAUGGAAGGGGAGGAAUGUAAGGUUCUUCCAGACCUUACAGGAUGGAGCUGCAGCACAGGCAACAAAGUCAAGACCACGAAGUCCCAUUAGGAGCUGCUCGUAAAUUGAAAUUGACGAUGGACAGCGAGCAAGCGAGAUAGAGAGGAUGAGAAGGAGAUACACGGGGAGCUGUGAAAAGAACGAGGGAGGAAAGUAGAAAAAACGUGGAUGCGAGAGAGGAACACGGAAGGCAAAGGUAAGAGGAAGAUAAAGGAAUAAAGAAAACACUUGAAGACAAGAAUAUUGCACUUGGUCAGCUGACUGAGAUUGCAGAGCAGGCAAGAACACACAGAAGAUUUUGUCACUCUUGGCCCUUCCCUCCAUCUCUGACUGUGAGGAGGAACGGAGGAGGGCAAAAGGGAGGAGAGAAGGAGGAGACGGAAGACAGCUCGAUCAAUGCCAAAUAAUAUCAUAUGGAUGAGCAGCCAGACAUUGCUGGGCUGCCAAGACACUGAGAUGCCAUACACCAGGGUGUGGAAGUGUGUGCGGACAAUUGGAAAGCAUAGACUUACUGUAUUUACACUAAAUAUUAAACAGUGUUUGCCAUGCAGCAACAUUGGUUGAUGGUUCAGUGUGAUCGGGCCCAGAAAGCGCCACCUACAGGCAUAUUUAUACUUGCAUGUAAAUUACCGCCUCAGGCAGUGUUUUUCAACCACUGUGCUGCAUCACACUAGCGUGCCGUGGGAUAUUGUCUGGUGUGCCGUGGGAAAUUAUGCAACUUUGCCUAAUUGGUGCCAAAAUAUUUUUUUGCAAAUCAAUAAUUUUUCAUACUGUGCCGUUGUCUAGUGCCUGUGCUGUGUAGAGCUUUGCAGGGUAACCAUGUAAUACUCCAUGUCAGUAGGUGGCAGCAGGUAAUUCAUUGCUUUGUAGAAGUCGGAACGCGUCGAGGAUGGUUUGUCGUGAUCCCAAUAUGCAGAGCACAGCGGGAGACAGUGUGCAGGUAAAAAGGUAUGUAACGCUUAAACCAAAAAUGAACAAAAGGCAAGUCCCGCUAGGAAAAAGCACUGAAGCAUAGGGAUGGCUAUGCAAAACAAAAGUAAAACUGAACUGGCUACAAAGUAAACAAAAACAGAAUGCUGGACAACAGCAAAAACUUACAGCGUGUGGAGCAGAGACGGCAUCCACAAAGUACAUCCGUACAUGACAUGACAAUCAACAAUGUCCCCACAAAGAAGGAUAGCGUACGCACAACUUAAAUAGUCUUGAUUGCGAAAACAAAGCAGGUGAGGUAAAUAGCACUCAAAAGAAGGCGUGAUGCUGCUACAGGAGAACACCAACAAAACAGGAAGGGUCACCAAAAUAACAACGCAAGACAGGAAACAACAACAAACUCAAAACAAGGCACGACAACCUGAUGGAGUUUCAGUUUUUAACCUUUUCUGCUGGUGGUGUGCCUCCGUAUUUUUUUUAUGAAAAAAAUGUGCCUUGGCACAAAAAAGGUUGAAAAACACUAGCCUAGGGGACCAAGGGUCUGAUUAACUAAGACCGAAAUACCAUGCGCUAAACAGUGUGUGCAAAAAAAUAAAGAGCGUGUACUAUGAGUGGGCGUGUUGCGUGUGAUCUACCAAGACUGCGUGUACAAUUUAAAUGAUGAUUUUGCAUGCAUACGGGCCUUUACCGCAGGCGAUCAUUUUCUGAUGUGUUCAAUCAGCAGCACACAUCUGUAAUCUGUAACACCUUUUCUGAAUCGCAAUCUAGACAACAGAAACAUACGCACACUGACACUUCAUUCUGUGCGCGAGAUCUGCGAUCACAUUACGGAUGGAUGGAACUUUAUUGUCAUUGUACAAGUAAAACAACAUUUUGUUCUGAGCACGAACCUGUUCAAGAUUAGACAAAGGAACCUUGUACAGGGUUACAGAACAGGAACCUCGAUGGGUCGCUACUACGGCGGUGAAGGUGGGGAAAAGGUAGACGCUGGGGGAGGAUGAGUUUAAAAAAAAGGGGCCCAGUCAAAAAAAAAAAAAAAAACAGCGCAUUCGUGCAUCUGAAAUUAAUCAACUGCAAGAAAAUGCACAAUGGUAGGAGAUAUAUUUCCUAAAUUAAAAAAAAACUGAAAGACAUAAAAAAAACACAUCAAUUGAAGUCAUUUUAAUCAGCCCCACAAGUCAUCCAGUGAGAAAUAAUAAUUUAAACGGGAAAUUGCUGAAUAGACAAUAUGUCUGACUUUUUAUUUUUUUAUUUCUGUCAAUACAAAUAUGUUGAAACACACAUGUAGACAGAUUAGUUCUCUGUCCAUCUUAGACAUAGGCUUAGACAAACUUUAUUGAUCCACAAGGGAAAUUGUUCCACACAGUAGCUCAGUUACAAAAGAUAGAAAGGAUAAUGCAGGUAUAAAGUAGACAAAAAAUGUACCAUAGUAGCAAUACAAAAUAUACUAUAUAUGUAAUAUUUAUAUAUUACAUAUAUAGUAUAUAAUAUAUACAAUAUAUAACCAAACCCAAUCACCAUGUACAAUAUUACAGUAUAUGUAAGAGCUGCAGCAAAAAAAAGGGCAGCAUAAAAUAGAGAGUAGAUCCAGCAGAAAAUAUACAUUAUAAACAAAGAGAGGUAGCUAUGUCUUUGUCGUAUGUCUUUGCAGUGCGAGCACCUCUUUUAUCACAUCUGUGUGCACCUGUGUCAGACAGUGGGUCCUUUGCACACGUAAUAAAUACAACGCAAAAUAGCGCUCCCAACACAGGGAUGAGUGUUGAUGAAUCACAUUACGCGUGCAGUAUUGUGGGUCUCUCAAAAUCUGGUCUUUAAGCCUCGGCCUCAGGACCCUGAAGCCUAUAACGUGACUCUGGCACAAGCUCAACUCCUUGCCCACAAUAGACCCAAAAUGGAGAGACCUGGUUGCCACGGUUGGCUCUACGCGCCUUGACGUGCAAGAGGACUAAAGAAAGAAAGAAAGUAGGGUUAAAGGGUAUACCGGUAUUAGUAUAGCACCGCGAUACUAAUGAAUCAUUUUCGGUACGAUACCGUCUCUGAAACGUACCGGUCCCGCAUCCCCCCGCGCCCGCGUCGAAGUCACGUUGUGACAUUGCUGGUUUACGAGCAGAGGAGCAUGUUCGGCGGCACACAAUCACGGAGUACUUACAAGCAGACACAGUGUGUGGACAGAAAAGGGAGAACGGACGCAUUUUGGCUUAAAAACUAAAGAUAAAGGUGAAGUUAUAACACUGAAACGCCCUCAGGAAGAGGUGCUUUAAGACAUGGCUAGCUAGCUAGCGGCUAACGUCCAUCCGCCGUCGGCAGUGUUUUAGCUACUUCUAAAUCACUAAUCCUCACCUCCAUGGCGACAAAUAAAGUAAGUUACUUACAAGUAUCAUCCCUGCAGGACGAGGAAUAGCUAAACAUGCUUCACUACACACUGUAGCUCACCGGCAUUAAAAUGUAAACAAACGCCAUUGGUGGAUCUACACCUAACAUCCACUGUAAGGAUAUCAAGUACAGGCACGUAUCUAGUCGAUACUACUAUGAUUACGUCGAUAUGUUUUGCCAUCACAACAUCUUCUUUCGUUUUAAAAUAGUAUAUAUUAUGUUUAUAAACUCAGGAAAUAUGUCCCCGGACUCAUGAGGACUUUGAAUAUGACCAAUGUAUCAUCCUGUCAUCGGAUUGAUAACCAAAUUUGUGGUAUCAUAUCAAACAACAGAAGAAUAAGUGAUUAUUACAUUUUAACAGAAGUGUAGACAGAACAUGUUAACAGAGGAAAUAGGCAGAUAUUAACAGUAAAUGAACAAGUAGAUUAAUAAUUAAUUAUCUACCACUUGUCCUUAAUAAUGUUGACAAAAUAAUAGAAUGAUAAAUGACACAAUAUGUUACUGCAUAUGUCAGCAGACUAAUUAGGAGCCUUUGUUUGUUUACUUACUACUAAAAGACAAGUUGUCUAGUAUGUUCACUAUUUUAUUUAAGGACUUAACUGCAAUAAGAAACAUAUGUUUAAUAGAGAUGUCGGAUAAUAUCGGCCUGCUGAUAUUAUCGGCCGAUAAAUGCUUUAAAAUGUAAUAUCGGAAAUUAUCGGUAUCGGUUU